AUGAGCGCCCCUGCGGGAGGCGAGGGAGCCCCCGGCGAGGAGGAGCGCGCUCAGGCGCAGCUCCAGCGGCACAAGGCGCCGCCAAGAGCCUUGCUGGUGUGCGCGGAAGACACCGCUGCGUCGGCGGCGGCUGCCGAAUGGGCGCUGGAGAACUUGUAUCGUGACGGCGACGUCGUGCACAUGACCUACGUGGUGCGCUGCCUGAUCCCCAGCAUGGAAGUGUUCCACGGCCUCCCCGGGACCGCCUACAGCUUCAGCCAGCCCGGGCAGGAGCACAAAGAGCAGCACCUGAUCAACGAUGCCAAGAAGCGGCUGGAGGCGCGGUUCCUGCCGCUGCUGCGCCCGCACCUUGUCCCGUACCAGCUGCACCUGUACGCCGAGCGCUGCGACUGCAGCGAGGCGCGCGUGUGCGAGCUGAUCAUGCAGGACAUUGAGCAGCGCGACGCGGCGCUGCCCGGCACGCAAGAGGGCAUCGGCAGCGUGGCGGACUACCUGUCCAAGAACUGCCGCCGCCCCACGGCCAUCGUGCGACCGCACACGCACGUGCAGUAG